CCACCACUUGGCUCAUCCCUUAAAGCAACAAGAACGGCCCCACACUCCCCCUGACCUUUUCUUCCUCCAUCCGCUGUAUCUCUCUUCCCGCCCACUCCAAUGGAAGCUCUGAGCUUUUUCAAGUUCUGGAAGCCCACCGUCUCCAUCAUCUCCCCCGCCAUAGAAACCUGUCCACCUCUCGAUCUCGAUAACGACGACGAUGACUCCUUCUUCGAGCUCGAGCUCUUCCUACCCGACCUUAACACCAAGAAUAUAUAUCCCACCGAUAAGGAGAAGAAGCAGAGCUCCAGCGAGCCGGGCGUCGCUCCCUCCCCAGGCAAUCUCUUCUCGAGGCGGAAGGUCAUCCCGAUCGAGCCCCAGCCCAGUUCCCGACCUCAGUCCCCGAUAUCGCUCUUCAAAUCCUCUCCGAGGUUCCGGGUCUUCAUGUUCAGGAAAUCCAAGGCCAUGCCCAACCCAAAAACAGGGGAAACAGAGGAGCCCGUGUGCUUGGGCAGAGCAAAGAGCAGCCUGGCCGGGGCCGGCGAGGUUCACUGCAACCCUGACGGCUCCCUGCUGGAAUACUGCUCCGUCUCGAAGAGGUUCUCGAAGGACGGAAUGCAGAGGUACCUGAAGCUCGCGAAGCCCUUCUCCGGGAAGGGCUCCGAGAGGGACGCCGCCGAGGAGCUCAGGUUUUUCUCUAGGAACCUGCCGAGGGCGUCUCCGUCGCAGUCUCCGGUGAUGGCGAGGAAGCACGCCGGGAAGAGCAAGAUGAUGGCGGUGAACGGAGGGGUGUCUCCGGCGAGGAACGACGACUCCUGGGCUCAGCAACAUGAUGGGAUACAGGGGGCGAUCCUCCACUGCAAGAAGUCAUUCCACUCUUCACCAAGAGAUUGCUCUCUGACUCUGAGUCAGCUAUCAAGAUCUGCCAUGGAUCCUCUGCAGAGGAGGGAGCAUUCGGUUCCGGCAACCGCCUGAUUCCGGUGACGGAGCUCUCAUUCUAGCUGGGUGCAACGAUCAAGCUUGAAGAUGACGACUUAAGCCUGUCGGGCUUCUUUUGCCUUGCAUCUCCUCUUUUUUUUUUUUUUUUGUUCCUUCGAUGUUAUUAUCCAUGUUUUUGUGUAGGUAAGAAAGCUACCACUGUGGAAGUGAGUAGUAGAGUUUAGGUUUAGGGCAACUCCCCGACUCCAUAGCUGCCACCUGAAGCAGAAGAAGUCAUGGGUUAUUAUGAAAUGUACUGAGAGAAACGACAGAAAUCCGGUUGUCUUGUUCUGUCCUGUAGAUAUGAUGGGUUCUCUUUGCAUGUCCA